CAGUAAUUUUACUCCUAUGGCGUAAAAGUGGCACGCGUUGUUCAACAUGAGAUACGGGUUUUCGCGGGAUAUUCAUUGACGUUGCAAUGUAUACUUUAUUGCACGGUUUAUACAAAUAUCUUGUUCAAAAGGAUGAAUACUAUAUACUGAUUCUGGGGCUUGACAAUGCGGGGAAGACUACCUAUCUGGAGGCGGCAAAAACGAAAUUUACCAAGAAGUACAAAGGAAUGAACCCGAACAAGAUUACCACGACUGUAGGAUUAAAUAUUGGCAAAAUUGACAUUGCUGGAGUGCGUUUGAACUUCUGGGAUCUCGGGGGACAAGAAGAACUUCAGUCCUUGUGGGACAAAUACUAUGCCGAAUCACAUGCAGUUAUAUACAUUGUGGAUUCUUCGGAUCGUGACAGAAUACCUGAUUCCAAAGAGACAUUUGAUCGAGUGAUAUCCUCUGAGCACCUAAUAGGUGUACCUUUACUAGUUUUGGCAAAUAAACAGGAUGUUCCAGAUUGUAUGGGAGUCAGAGAAGUUAAACCUAUAUUUAAUCAAAAUGCCCAUUUGAUUGGAAGAAGAGACUGCAUGGUGAUGCCUGUAUCCGCUCUAAACGGAGAUGGCGUGGACGAAGGAAUCCAUUGGCUAGUGGAUUGCAUCAAAAGAAACAGUGAUGUACGGCCGCCACGUAGCCAAGAUGACAGCUGCUUAACUUAAUAUUUACAUUCCCAUGACCCGAUCACCUUAACGAUAACAUACAAUAUUAUGUAUAUUUCUAUAAUAGCUAUUUAUACGAAUA